GCAAAGAUUACACCCUCUCCACGCUGAAGCAGCAAAGAGACUUCCAGCACCGCGUGGAGGUAGGAGAAGCCCAAGUGGCCUGUUUUCCCUCCCUGGAGAAAAUGCCCUGUGCACACCCACUCAUCAGAGCACGACCAGCUGCCCCCACGCUGUCAUCUCACCCCAGUGGGGAGGGGCCUUCCCAGCAUGCUCCGGUGCGCCAGGAUGGGCGAUGCUGGUGCACACUGCUUCCUCUGGGCUUUCACCCUGGCUGGGUUCCCCACUGAUUGCAGACGAGACGUCCCCGCCUUGUGCUCUGCACUGGCCAGUACCACCCACCGCCACCUUGCUCAGCCAUGUCACGCGGGGCCCCGUCCCAGGUUGCGUGGUGCCCCACGCGUCCCCUCUCCUGCUGUCAGGGGCUGGGGUGGGGGACGCUGGGGAGGGCCUGGACACUGUGCUUUGUGUCCCCAGCACCUGCUCACUGUCCACGUGGACUCCAAGGACAUCCGUGGCGUGGACGACUGUGUGGCACGGCUGAAGAUGAUGGAUGCGCAGGGACGGGUCUGGGGACAGGACAUGAUCCUGCAAGUGAGGGGCCAUGAGCUGCUGUUGAGCGACAUCGAGACCAAGGAGGAGCUGGAGAGCUACCCCCUGGAGAGAGUCCAGGAGUGCGCUGCCGUCCUCAACCGCUGUGUCUACAAUUCCCUCCUGGCCGUCACCGUGAGGGAGCAGAGCCAGCACGGGAGCAGCAUCCUCCUCUUCCAGUGCGAGCAGCUGGGGGCAGAGCUGAUGAAAGCCAACCUGGAGAAGGCCGUCAAGGAGUGGAAAGGGGAACGGGAGAGUCAGGACGUGCUCAGGAGCAGUUUGGAGACCAUGCUGUCCCAGCACAGCCGAGGGUCCUUCCACAGCAACCCCCCACGUACCAGCCAGGAUAGGUGGGCUGGACCGCCAGAGCCAGACCCCUUUAUUCCCCCCGCACCACGAGCAUGGCAAAGCCAAGACCAGGUGCCCCGGAAUCCCCCAGUCUCCAUGGAUUAUGCGCCUGACCAGCUGCGGCCCCCAAAGCCGAGAGACAAGUGGACGGAUCCCAGCUUGCAGGCGACGCAGGACUUCGACAAAGACACUGAAAUCCUGAACCACGUGCUGAGUGACAUCGAGCUCUUCGUGGGGAAGCUGAAGGAGACGAGCGGCUCGCUGAGCAGCAAGAAGAAGUCGAAGAAGAAGGACAAGGAGAGAGGAGUGCUGCCCCCUGAGCCUGAGUAUGAGACCUGCUUGCAGAAGAUCAAAUACGCCUUAAACCUGCUGGGGAAGCUGAAACCUAAGCUGCAGCAGCAGCCCAGUGCCCCGGAACUGCUUCGAAUCAUCUUCUCCAUCCUCUCCUUCAUUUUAUCCACCUGUCCCUGGCCAAGCCUGGCUUCUUCCAUUGUUUCCCCUCUGCUGACUGAGGCAGCCAUCGACCUGCUGGACGAGUCUUUGGAGAAAAAGGAUCGUGACACCUGGAAGAGUCUGGGCAAGGCUUGGCACACAACGAGGACAGAGUACCCAGGCGGACAGUUCAUCCCUCCCUACAUCCCCAUCUUCUCAGAUGGGUGGGUGCCCCCCCUGCCGACCCAGAGGGAGAACGCCACUCACGUGGAAGGGCAGCCCCUGGGAAGCCAGAACCACGCCGCGUCCAGAGCUCCUUCUAGUCCCCCUCAGCGCAUGCAAGCCAUGUAUGAAUUCCAGGCCAGGAACAACAAGGAGCUGACUGUCGUGAAAGGGGAACUGCUGGAGAUUCUAGACCAGAGGAAGAAGUGGUGGCUUGCUAGAAACAGCGCCGGCGAGAGGGGCUAUAUCCCGAACAACAUCGUGGGGCCAGUGGAUCAGGAGCCUGUGGAGAACAGCAUGAACCAAGCGCCAAGCAGCUCCCCUGGUCUCCAGCAGCACUCCACGCCGGCGGAGGUGACGGCCUGGCUGCGGGACAUGGGCUUCUCCAAGAUCACGGUGAAGUGCCUUGGCGUGCUCAAUGGCAACCAGCUGCUGGGGAUGAGCCAGGAGGAGAUGAAAACUGUCUGCCCAGAAGAGGGAAGACGUGUCUUCUUCAAGCUCUCUGCUGUUAAAUCGUCCCUGGGGAUUGGCCCUCACGAUUAGCUGUCUCCUUUCUACACCAUCUCCGGUCUGGCAGAAGCAUCCCAGGGCCCCGAGACUGAACCGAGGGACAGCAGGUCUCCUAGCAUCAGCCCUACUGCUCUUCUAGGAUUCUUCUCAGUCUCUUCCCCUGCCUCUUGUUCCCAGUGCAGACAUCCCCUAUAGCCAUGUGUCACCCAACUGUCAAGGACUGUUUUUGUUCAGUUUGUACAGAACCUAGCACAAGGGGGGUCCUGGUCCGUAACAGGCUGCUCGGUUCUCCUGCACUACAAAUAACGCUAAUUUAUUCUUAAAGCUACGUAUGCUCCAGCUAAACAUGGACUUCAGCAUUCUGAUCAAAGGCAGAUAAGUUUAGCUCCCCAACAGGCUUUGUCCAACUCUCCCAGUUGUACAGCACCAGUUCUGGGGUUACAUGUAUUGUUAAACUCAAAGAUACACCCCCUAGAAUGCUUGGCUUUCUUUCCCUACUAUUAUGCCUUUGCAGAGCUGGGUAAGUCUUAUUGCAUCUAAAAGAAAAUCUUUCUGCUUAAGAUCAAGCCUGCAGGGCCAAGAUCUCCCAAAAUGGUUGUAUUGUUUUCCACAGGUUUUUCUAGCCAGGAGCAAUUUAAGACUACAUACCAUUAAAUAAACUUCACCUAAUAAUGGCUAAAGAAAGUUCUUGAUUCAAUUUCUUUCCUAGCUCCUUUUAGGAGUUGACUUUGGAAGAGUAUUAGGAAUAGGGGACAGCCUCUUCCCCCCCCACCUCCUCCAGAGGGGCUAGGAGCUCUUCCCCUGAUACCAGGGAUGGGAAAAUGGUUUUAAUGAAGUAGAGAUUAAGAUGAGGAAAGGUGUGUGGGGGGUGUGUGUCAAGUUGUUUGGCACCCACCAAACUGAACAUUUCAGUUUGCGGGAAAUUCCCAACCUAGUGGCGGACACUGAGCUAGGCCACUAAAGAACUGGGUUAUGAACUGUACAGGACCAGAAGUCCUCCUAGCACUUGAGCCUUGGGUAGCUUACACACUACCUUGCAUGUGAAGCACUGUGUAUUGGAUGAGUGUCACCUCCCUCCCCAUUGGCUGUGUGUAUGGUAGCCAGAAGACCCAGUCAGUGACUGGUGGACAGCAGCAUCUUUAAAGAGGGCAUUUGUCUGUGCAACCUUAAUCCAUGCAGCUACUUAGAGCCUUGGUGCAAAACAAGGCCAUGCCCAAUGCACUAACACUGGUUGCUUGUUAAGCCAGCUGCAAGAUUCUUGAGAAUUAGGCUGAAGCCAUGUAAACUGGCCACGUGAUGGUUCCUAGACAGGGUAGAUAAAUUUAAAAAAAAAAAACAAUUGGUUUAAAAUCAGCUUUUUUUGAUAAACUGCUUUUUGGGGAAAACCAAUCAAGAUAAUUUUAAUUAAGAUACAUUAUAGCUCAAAUAUCUCAUCAUGGAAUAGG